CCCCCGUGCGUGGCCUACCUGCAGUACCGGCCUGCCUGUACCUCGGCGGCCAGCCGCCAAAGCUGCCCGCCCAAACCUCCUUCCAAGGCCCAUCUCCAAUCGCUGGGCUUAUUGCAACAUCGUCGACGUCAAUCAACCCAACACGCACUGAGCGCUGUUCAUGCAGGAUGCAUCCGUCUGCCUCGCCCUGGCGUGGUCCAUCAUCAUCAUCAUCAUCAUGCCCAUCAGAGAUCACCAUCCGCCCCCAUUGUGACGUAACGAUUCCAAACGCGCCGCUGUUGACGCCGGGCGCGGCGACGAUUGGCCUCGCCUGCUCGUCCAAGCCACCCUACCCAUCCAUCCAUCGUCUGCCGCUUAGCGUCAUCCUUGCGCGACCUAACGGACCCCUGCACGGAACCACUCCAAGAAACCUGGAGGUGGGCCGCACAUCCGAUCAAGAUAGUACUGCACUAGUAGCACGACUGAUGUGCUUCUGGUGCAGUGCUGUCAGGCAGCACCACUCGACCGAGUACAUGGGCGACGCAAGCCUGGCAUCAUGGAAGAUGGGCAAACUUGAGCGGAGAAGCCUCACGCUGUUGGGCGUGCAAGCGGGCCAUGGGGUCGCGGGGUCGGGCAACUACCCAACGUCCUUGUCCUGCUAGACUCGUUAUUGCCUUGGACUGACGCUUCUGCAUUCGUACAGUCUUCGAACAAGCUCGUGGCGCCGCGCGUGAUCACAUCUCUUCGUUCGCAAAGCCAUCCAACCUAAGCGUCAGUAAGCCACAGCCUGCGACGGUGGGCUGCCGGGCAUACCCCAGAGUUGGCCUCCUUGUGCGCAGCCCCAACAGCCGUUGCCUCGUCGUUCUCCCAACAGGGCAUCUGCACCGUUGGCAGUGGCAUACAUACAGCGCCCCGAUAGCACGCACGUCUUGGAGCACGGCAUAUGCCCCAAAGGCGACGACGGAAGCCUGCAAGGGGCAACAGCCAUGUGGCUGUUCAUCUUACGGGCGGCCAUGGUGAUGUAGCAACCUAAACCCUCAACCACAAUGACCCUCGAUGCGGCAGGCAUGCAACGCCUCAUGCACAAGCUGAACACCCGCUCUCAUGGACAGCAAUGAAUACCAGUCUGGCGAUGAAUCAGCCUCUUCCACGGCCGAUGAACGGACACGACGCGGCCGCGACGAGCCAUCGAGGCAGGGCCCGGCCGAGAGAGAGGGGCCAGCGUGCCAGGCUUGUCGAAAGAAAAAGGCCAAGUGCUCGCGGGACAUGCCCUGCUCUCAAUGCGUAAAGCAUAGUUGGUUCAAAUCCCAUCAUUUCGGAGACCACGAGACCGCUGACGCGACCCGCAGAGGUCGAGUGCGUCUACGACGACAGGAGGAGCAAGCCCGGGAUGCGGCCAGGGGCUAUAGAGUCUUUGAACCAGAGACUACGUGCGUCCAUAACCCAUUAUCGACCUUUUCUUAAGACGACUCACAAUACCCACCCCAGAGACGCUCGAGCAAAUGUUCAUGGGCCAGGGCGUGCUCUGGCAGCAGGUCUGGCGAUGCCUCGACGCCAUCUCGGGCAAGACGCGCCUAGCUCCCACCAAUCCCGGCACAGAACCGGCACAGCAAGCGGAUGCAAACAUACACGAUAGCUCGGUCCGGCUGCGAAACCUUCUUUCAUCUUUGGCCGACACAGAACACGAAUUGGCGGCACCAGAUUGCGAAGAGAGGCGGCUCAAGAGACGUCGGGUCGACAAGGCCCAAGAGACAGCGGGGGCUCAGCCAGCAUCGAACCCUUGCGUCAGCGACGCCGAGCUGGACCUGCCAGAAGACCUCGUCGACUCUCUCGUUGACAUCUACUUUGCACGCAUCCAGCCCUGGAUUCCCAUGCUCCAUACCGUUACCUUUCGCCGUGACAUGAAUCUCCCGAGCAUGCGCCCGAAGCUGCGGACCAUCUUCUCAGCCAUCAUCUCUAUAUGUACGCGGUUCUCCGACGAUGCCCGUCUGGGGAACGCGGAUGCAAAAUCCAAGCUGGCUAAGACACACCGCCAGAGGGUCAUCCUGGAGAGCAUGGAAUCCUUUUCGGCGAGGAACCUGCAGGCACUCAUCAUAGUCGCCUUUGACACGAUUGGCAGCGGCCGGGGCCCUUCGGCAUGGUCCAUCGUCGGCAGCAUGACGCGCACCGUCGAACAGCUCCGAUUGAGCGUCGAGAACGAGGACCGCUACGCGACUACAAACGAGGCCAAGGUCCUCAUCAAGCGCAUGGACUUUUUGCCGCAGUGUCAAGAGUGGACAGAGAUAGAGGAACAACGGCGAAUUUUCUGGAACACGUUCCUGAUGGACCGAUUCUGCAGCAUUGCCACCGGAUGGAACCUGUCACUGACCGGUGCCGACGUCAAGAGGAGGCUGCCGUGCGAGGGCAACCUCUGGGAGAAGGGAGUGCCCCUGACCGAGCCGACACCGUACUUUGGCGUGUCGGAGAAGUCGGACAGGCUCAACGACCCGCUGCCGUCGCCGAGAUCAGAGACUGCCGACCACGAGUCGCAGACUUCGUUGGGUGGAUUCGCGUAUUCCAUUGAGGCAACGGAAAGCUUGAGCCUCGUGACUACCUUUUUCCUCCAGCAGGCUGUCAACGUCACCAAAGUUCACGAGCUCGAGUUGUGGCUGAUGCGCUUCAAACAGCUUGACCUCCGCCUGGUGCAGUGGAAGGUAUUCCUACCGGAGCGAUGGCGAGAGGGCUGUGCCCGCGGGCCCGACGGUAAAAUGGAUUGUAAUCUCAUUCUAGCGCACGUUACGCACAAUACGGCUGUUGUGCUCCUCCAUCAGUGCAUCGCGUAUCCGUCGCCAGAGUGGCAGUCGAUUCCGCUCCGCCUGCCGUCUUCCUCCAGCGCAGAGACUUGUCUCGCAGCCGCCAAAGAGGUAGCCCUUAUCACGGACAACUUCUUGAGGUGCACCGACUUUCUCGUGAACCCUCAGUUCUCUUUUUGUCUCUUUGUCUGCGGCCGAAUGCUAAUUACGCACGCCGCGUACUCGGGGGCGCCCAUCACAGAGGAGUUUGAGACACUGGUCAGGGCCCUUCAGGAGGUUUCUCGUCGAUGGAACGGAUCGCAGGCAUCGCUCAGCCUGACGAAGCCAUGCGACGACUUGGCCUCCAAGUUCGCCUCCCGAUUGCUCAAUGAUAGGACCUCGGUCCCUGACAUGGGGGACAUGCGCCAGGCGGUAUACUCUGAUGUGCAUGUCGCACUCGAUGUAGGAUCGAGCCCUAGGAGCCAUGUCAAACAUGCCGACGUCACGGGAUACGGCUACUACAAUCCGGCGGCCAACUUUGGCCUCCCCAUUCAGUGGCCUGACAAGCCCACGACUUGUUGUCACGGCCCUGAACUGCCACGGCAGGACAGUCCCCCCGACAAGGUGUCCAUGGCCUUUCCUCCGCUGCCGGUUGCUCUCGAAAUGUCCACACUCAAUCCGCCAUCGACUUCGCAAAGGGCACUGGGUCAAGUCGCACAGCCGUCCGCAGUUUACGAUGUACCGGCGGGCGAAGCUGCACCUUCGUCAUCGUCGGCGGCAUACGAGACGGGCGAGGGCAUGUUCGAGGUGCUGAAUUCCUACUUGGACUUGGGCUACCCUGCGGAUCAGCGAAUUAGCAUGUUUUCUCACUUUGAAGAGGGUGAGGGAUGAAUAGCCGUCUGGGGGUGAAGCGCGCGCUACAGUUGUAAAGGGAAUCCUUUUUGCAUGUGUGUGCCGUGGCUGACAUGCGAUGCAAUAAGAUUCAAAGGCAAGGCUCGCCGUCUCGUCUCGCGUGAUCAACCUCUGCCAUUCUUGACGCGUGGAUGAGGCGGGAAAUAGUCACUGUAUGGCAAACUAUGCACAAUAUUUUGCUCUACUUCUUUACCUGGCUGUUUAGUCAGUUUUCGGCCAGUGCAAACGUGCUGCAGGCGUUGAUUUGGCGGAUAUGAGGAGCCCUCCUUGUCAAGAAGCGCCACCAACAUGCGCGUGAUCCCAGUGCGGUGCAGCGUGACAGAUCGGGACGGCGGCUCAACCGUCGGGUCACACUCCGCCGUGCACGGCUGGGAG